AUGAACAACAAGCACUACCUGACAGUGGCAGACGAUGACGACGAAAACCCGACCUGCCUGUUUGACACUUGUGCAGUCAAUAAAAAGUAUCAGAAGUUUCGCCUAAAGCUGGUCGAUGAACGCGCUUUCAUCCUGAAAUUUAAAGAAACUGGAGAUUUGCUGGGCCACUUGAAUGAUGAGAUUGUGUGUGUAAGAAAACGUCGUCUCACUGAUCAUCCGUCAUCAAUGCUAUGGGUGUUGAAAGAACCUACCGACGGUGUGUUGUCUUCAUCGCUAUGCGAUGAUCUCGGCUUUACCGAUGUCACUCCUGUCCAAGCUGCCACGGUUGUCAAGAGCGCAGUUCAGAAGGAUGACGAGUUAAGAAAGCGCCACGACACCAUUGUGAAAUUGGCACUGGCUGGCGCGUCGGUGGAAUACAUCGAUGGCAUUCUUUUGCGCCUGUACGGAUCGAAC